UUACCAGAAGCAAUUGCUGAUGUCUUGCCAGAACAAGCCAAACACAUUGAGAAAUUACGUAGUCAAUUAUUGGCGCAUUUUUUGUCUUAUGGUUAUGAGCCAGUUAUUCCUCCGAUGAUUCAAUAUCUUGAUUCUCUUUUGAUUGGCGGUGGCUCAGAUCUCGAGUUACAAACCUUUACCUUGGUCGAUCAAUUAUCAGGAAAAACGUUAGGUGUACGUGCCGAUAUGACACCUCAGGCGGCUCGAAUUGAUGCACAUUUGUUGAAAAACAAUGAAAUUAACCGCUUAUGUUACUGUGGAUCUGUUUUGCGUACACAGCCGACACACUUACUUGGCUCGCGUGAAAUGAUUCAAAUGGGUGCAGAAAUGUUUGGUUGUGAUCAGAUUGAGGCAGAUCAAGAGUCGUUGGCUUUGUUGUUAACUGCAUUAGGUAAGGUGGGUUUAUCUCAUUUAUUGAUUGACUUAUGUCACGCUGGCCUUGUUGAGUCAUUGCUUGAUGACUGCCAAUUGGAUCAAGUUACUGAAAAUGCGCUUCAUCUUGAUUUGGCUGAUUUGCGUGGUUAUCAUUACCAUACUGGACUUAUGUUCACGGUCUAUGUUCAGGGGCUAAAUAAGGUCAAUUCUGUAACCAAUCCUAUUGCUUAUGGUGGACGAUAUGAUGGCGUGGGCGAAGGUUUUGGGCGCACUCGACCUGCCGUUGGAUUUUCGUUUGAUUUAUUGCAAUUGUCUGAAAUG